CUCAUCUUUGCUGAAGUUGCUGUUCCAUUCACUGGCGGUUCCUUUGCUGAGUGCCACCACCUUUUAUUCUCAUCACCUUUGACUCUGAAGAAAUGGUUGGUGCCAUGUGGAAGGUGAUCAUUUUCAUGGUCCUGCUGACAUUCGGCCCCUGUGAUGGGCUGUUUCAGUCCAUAUACCGAAGGGCCCAGGUAUCCAUGCCACCCAGGGGAGAUGCAGGACAGCCUUUAUUCCUUACCCCUUACAUAGAGGCUGGGAAUCUCAAGGAAGGGAAAGAAGUGAGUUUGGUCAGACCUUUUUCAGAAUUGAAUGUGAAGAGUUACGCUGGCUACUUCACUGUGAACAAGACUUGGAACAGCAACCUCUUCUUCUGGUUCUUCCCAGCUCAGAUACAGCCGGAGGAUGCUCCAGUUGUCCUCUGGCUUCAGGGUGGACCAGGAGGCUCAUCCAUGUUUGGACUCUUUGUAGAACACGGGCCUUAUGUCGUCACAUGUAACAUGACUGUUCGUGCCAGAGAUUUCCCUUGGUCUACCACACUGUCCAUGCUUUACAUCGAUAAUCCGGUGGGCACAGGCUUCAGUUUUACUGAUGACACCAAGGGAUAUGCGGUCAACGAGGAUGAUGUGGCAAGAGAUCUGUACAGUGCACUAAUUCAGUUUUUCCAGUUGUUUCCUGAGUAUGGAAAGAAUGAUUUUUAUGCCACUGGGGAGUCUUAUGCAGGAAAAUAUGUGCCAGCCAUUGCACACUAUAUCCACUCUCUCAACCCUGUGCGGGAGUUCAAGAUCCACCUGAAAGGAAUUGCUCUUGGAGAUGGAUAUUCUGAUCCUGAAUCAAUUGUUGGGGGCUAUGCAGCGUUCCUGUAUGAAAUUGGCUUGUUGGAUGAGAAGCAGAAAAACUACUUCCAGAAGCAGUGUGAUGAGUGCGUAAAACACAUCAAGGAGCAGAACUGGCUGAAGGCCUUUGAAGAGUGCCAGGUACUGGAUGCACUGUUAGUUGGAGACUUAACAAGUGAGCCUUCUUUCUUCCAGAAUGUGACAGGAUGUACUAGUUACUAUAACCUUUUACAGUGCACGGACCCCGAGGACCAAAGUUACUUUGGAAAAUUUUUGUCACUCCCAGAAGUGAGACAAGCUAUCCACGUAGGAAAUCGGACCUUCAGUGAUGGAGCUGAAGUUGAAAAAAACUUGCGAGAAGAUUCAGUGAAAUCAGUUAAGCCAUGGCUAACUGAAAUCAUGAACAACUAUAAGGUUCUGCUCUACAAUGGCCAGCUUGACAUCAUCGUGGCAGCUUCCUUGACAGAGCGCUUCUUGAGGACCAUGGACUGGAAAGGGACCCAGCAAUACCACAGGAUAGGAAGAAAAGUUUGGAAGAUCUUUAAAUCUGAUAGUGAAGUGGCUGGUUACGUCCGGCAAGUGGGUGACUUCCAUCAGGUCAUUGUUCGAGGUGGAGGACAUAUUUUACCCUAUGACCAGCCUCUGAGAGCUUUUGACAUGAUCAAUCGAUUCAUCUUUGGAAGAGGAUGGGAUCCUUAUGAUUGAUAAACUACUUUUCCACAUGAGAACAUCGGGAAUUUUAACCUUUGAAAAGAAAAUUUGGAAAACUAAAAGUGUCAUGUAGAUAAGAAAUGUAUCUUUUUAUAACCGCAAGAUGUUUCUCAUCAAUAAAAAUUAGUUACCCUUUGAAACACAUGAGCUUUUAAUUUGC